AUGAACCACCCCCAAGGCAACGCGGAUCGUCCCGCACGCCACGACUUCGGCGCGAUCGGGACGCCCAUCCGCCCUCGUCCCAAUGCUCCCACCCCGUCCGUCCGGGACGAUCUGAGCUCGCCCCCGAGCGCCAUCUUCAGCCCCGGCGUGCCCAGCGGCGCGACCAACAUGUCAUCAGUCGAGCGGUCCGGGCCUAGCACCACCUUCAUUAGGCAGGGGGGCAACUCCAUCUGGGACCCGGCCGAGUCUCCCUCGCAGUGGAGUUGGUGUCGCCCCUACCAGCCGUCCGGUCAUGCGCAGCAGCUCGGCGGCUGCCGCCCCGGUAGUCCCACCGGCACCGCGUCGGGCCUGUCCGGGCUGCCCACCAGGGUGAACACGCCCGAGACCACCGCGACCCUCGAGGGCGGCGGCGACGAGCAGGCGGCCUUCUUGCGGGUCAGCCGCCGCCUCUACCCGUACCAGCAGCAGCCCGCGUCCCCGUUGUCGGCGCUUCCUUCUUCGCCCGUGACGGCUCUCCGGGAUGCGACGGGCCCCCAGGAGCAGCGGCUCAGAAUGCUGCAGUGUUCCGGCAGGACGGGCAACUCUGCCGCCCUAACGCUCCCGUCGCUCGCCGAACAGGCUGUCCGCCCGCCUACCACGCCGGGCAGCUCCGCACCCUUCGCGCCGGCCCUGUUCGCCCCGGGCGGCGGCGGCCAGGCUGCGCGCCAGCCCCGACCCACCCCCGGUGCAGCCCCCGGCGAGUACGCGGAGCAACAGCGCGCCCGUCGGACGAUGGCGUCCGAGACGCACGCCCACCAAACAAUGUCGAGCCAGAACUUCUCAAUCUAUCGUCGGCUCCCGUCGCCGGCUGUGCAGGCGCCGCCAUCGAUCGAGAGCAUCAUGUCCGGCGUGGGUGGCCUUCGACUGGCCGACUCUGGUGGCCUCGGGGGCCCGCCGUCGACGGACCGGGUCUUCCAUCCGAUGGAGUCGACCGCCCGCGCCCAGCAGGAGCGCCAGCACUUCCCGAGGCAGGGCGGCCCCACCCGCGCCGCUGCCUUGGGCGGGGGCGGCUUCGGCGACGAGGCGGCCUCGGGCGCGGUCAGUUCGACGCCCGUGGCCAUCACGCGCAUCAUGGCGGGCUUCAGCCCCAACUACAGGGGCAACAUCAACAUCGACCGCAACCGUUCGGCCGCGAUUCCCGAGCACGAGAAUUGUAGCCUUUUCAUCCUCGGCCUGCCGGCGGACCUGACGACGCGGCAGCUGCUCGCGGGCAUCCGCAACAUCGGGCGCGUCUACGCCACGCACAUCAACCGGCCCGAGCCCAGCCGCGGCCACAUGACGUGCGCGGCAAAGGUCAUUUUCUUCGACCGCGAGCCGGCGGCCCGGUUCCACGCCGCGUGCAGCCCCGAGAACGGCGGCUUCGUCGUCGGCGGCAUGCGCACCCGCGUGCUCUGGAACCGCAUCCGCACCGCCGCCCAGCCCGCCGGGCCGCCCGCCGCCUCGGCGCUGGGUCCGUGGCCCUACGACCAUCACCAUCAGCACCAGAGCCAGCAGCAGCAGCAGCCCUCGGGCCCCGACUUCGGCAUGGGCUUCGGCAACGCCGCCGCAAACACCGCCGUCGACAGGGCGGGCCGGCACCGGUCUCGCGUCCUGCUCAUCUACGGCCCCGCCAGGUUCGUCAACUUUGAUAGCCUCACGGCCUAUUUCCGAUCCAAGCUGGAGUUCCAGAUCGAUGAGGUCUUGACGCUGGCCAUGUCCGGCCAGGGGCCCGACGACGGCGUGCUUCUCGAGUACCGCUUCGGCAGCUUCAGGUGCCAGGCCGAGGCGGCCAAGAUGGCCCUGACGCGCGAGCACCAGGACACGGUCAGGGUCUGGUUUGGCGUGGACCCUUGCGACGUGCGGCCGCCGCGGCCGAACCCGCGUCCCGCGGCGCUGUCGGUGGUGAUGGAGGAGGACGAGACGAGAGAGAGCGACGAUGGCCCAUCUCGUGUUCCCCUGCCCUUCGUUGACUCGAGCGACUUCUGA